GGCGCCAAAAACGCUUAUUCUUUAAAAAAUAUAUAUUUUCUUUCCAAUCGUUUUUAGGUCACGUACAUUUUUGACCCGUGUAACAAUACCCACUGGCCACCUCCUACCGUGGCUCUUUUUCUUCGUCAAUUCCGCGUGUAAGUGACUGAAAAAUGUGUCGAGUUUGGCUUGAGGCCUACAUUUUUUUGAAGCCGUAAAUUGCGCCUAUUUAAACACUAAUUGCCGAGAACUUGGCAAGAUAAAUGUGUUUUACCAGCCAGUUUUUACAUAUAAGUCGCUACCAGUCAUUAUAUGACCAAAUAUGGCGUGAAUGUAUCGUUUUAAUUGAGAACCGACAAGAGCAUAGGAGCCGGGUCGUCCUCUUGACGCGUUUGUACUCUUCGGCGCCGUCAGCUGCUCUACGAGGAGUCAUGUUUACGUUUCCUCUCCGGACCUUGCUGCUCUCUCCUCCGAGUCACCUGCUCGGUGGAGGCUGUCGCCGCCAGCCAGCAUCGCAGGGGCGGGAGUCCGCCUGCUGCGAUUAGCAAGGGCUGGUCUGUGUCAGCACGGCGCACACUUCUUAAGUCGCAGCUUAUCGAGCAUCCUCAGGCGGGCAGACAUGAGCGGGAGGCUGGGAGACCUCAGCCCCAAACAGGCGGACGCUCUUCACCAGUUCCGGGAGAGGAUUCAGGACGUUCUUUGUCAACUUCCUGCCCAGCACGACCACUUCCUGCUGCGAUGGCUGCGAGCCAGAAACUUCAACGUGCAGAAGUCGGAGGCCAUGCUGCGAAAGCACUUGGAGUUCAGGAAACAAAUGAAAGUGGACACCAUCAUCAGCGACUGGCGCCCCCCUGAGGUGAUCGAGAAGUAUCUCUCUGGAGGAAUGUGCGGCUACGACCGCGAGGGCAGUCCCAUCUGGUACGACGUCAUCGGGCCCGUGGACCCCAAAGGCCUCUUCCUGUCCGCCUCCAAGCAGGACUUCAUCAGGUCCAAGAUCCGAGACUGCGAGAUGCUGCACGUGGAGUGCACUGUCCAGUCGGAGAAGCUGGGGAAGAACGUGGAGUCCAUCACCAUGAUCUACGACGUGGAGGGCCUGGGCUUGAAGCACUUGUGGAAGCCUGCUAUUGAAACAUAUGGAGAGAUCUUGCAGAUGUUUGAGGACAACUACCCAGAAGGCCUCAAGAGGUUGUUUGUCAUCAAAGCUCCCAAACUCUUCCCAGUCGCCUUCAACCUGGUCAAACACUUCCUGAGUGAGAACACGCGACACAAGAUCUGCAUCCUGGGUGGUGACUGGCAGGAGGUGCUGCUGAGGCACAUCCACGCGGACCAGCUGCCCGCCAUUUACGGCGGCAAAAUGACGGAUCCCGACGGCGACCCGCGCUGUCGGACCAGGAUAAACCACGUGGGCCCCGUGCCCCCCUCCUACUACGUCCGCGAUCACGUCUCCGUGGACUACGAUCGCUGUUUGACGGUCAGCCGAGGGUCCACACAACAGCUGGACUACGAGAUCCUCUUCCCGGGAUGUGUCCUCAGGUGGCAGUUCUCCAGCGAGGGCGCAGACAUCGGUUUCGGGGUGUUCAUGAAGGGGAAGAAGGGCGAGUGGAAGAAGGCGGCCCAGAUGGAGGAGGUGUUGCCCAGCCAGCGCUACAACGCCCACCUGGUGCCUGAAGACGGCUCGCUGACCUGCGAGCGACCCGGCGUGUAUGUGCUGCGCUUCGACAACACCUACAGCAUCUUCCAGGCCAAGAGGAUCAGUUUCAGCGUGGAGGUCCUGCUGCCGGACCGCCUGAAGGCCCAACGGGACCACGGGGGGGCCCAGAGUCCGAAGGACGGCCAGGGAGACCACGCAUCGUAGCGGGAGGAGGAGGAAGUGCAGCGCGGAGUGAACUGGCAGCAUUAAAAGUGCAAACAUCUCAAUGUGUUCUUGACAGGAGGAGACGCUCACACGGGUGAAGAAGUGCAGGUAAUUAUUGUUAUGAGUGUAGUGUCACACCUAGCCAAGUGGGAAUCAAGAAGGAACCAAUUAAAAUGUCAUGUCAAA